AUGAGCGGGUCACUAAAGAAAUAUGAAGAUGUAGUUGAAAGACUGUCAACGCCCACUUUCAGUUGUAGUUCAACUGAGAGAUUACCUCCACUUCCACCGAUUGUGAAGCCCGAAGUUCCAUCCUCACUUUACACUAUAGUCACACGAAAUGCUAUUCAUCCACCCUUAAUGAAUGCUUCUACCCUGACAAAAGCUUCGCCAUUCAAGGAACAAAAAACACUGUCGUCCUCCAAGGACAAUUCUAGAGCUGUGUCUCCAGAAGAGCAGAUUAAUCAAAUGAAAACAUUAGAGAAAGAAAGAAAUUUCAACCGUCAGAAACCAUCAGAGAGAGAUCUAGAAAGAUAUGCUUAUUAUAUAAAUAAAGGUAUACCAGAUUUUAUGCUUGCUCCAUUGCCUAAUGAACUGUGGGAAAAAUUACAACAAUACUUACCGCUACGUUUGAAAUUGAAAUGGCCAACUCACUUAGAUGAUUUACGACAAGAAAUACAUGAUUAUUAUGUAUAUGCUGUAAAAAAAUCUAUCGUCGAUUAUAUCCUAUUUGAUCCGGAAGAAAGGAAAAGAUUAUUUAUUGAAUGGUUACCUAUUCCAUAUCCAAAUUUUGUAAUUCGAGCUCCUGUUCCAUGGCAUACAAAACGUAAAAAAGCAUAUGAAUUCUGUAAACAGUAUUUACUUACAAUUGGUCCAGUACCAUUAGCACUACAAAACAUUUGGCGCACAGAAUUUUCUCAUUUACGUUUUGUAAAUUAUGAUGAAUUAGCAAAUCUUUCAGAACCUUUGGAACCAAUGGAAUUUGAACGACUAAUCACUCAACAAUGUCAAGCAACGAGAGAAAUAUUACGAAAAAAUUGGAUACCAAUAUGUGCUAAAGCUAUUACUGAAUUAAGUACUACAUGGUCUCAUCUACUCCCUGUUAGGGCAUCGGAUUCAAUGGAGUUAGUCCGAUUAUUUUUUGCAGGUAUAUCAGCUUUAAUGUCUGGACAAUUACGUGAUAUUGUAAAUAAAUCAUUACAAGAUUUACUUAGGGUAUUACAAAUUCAUCAAAAUGAAAAUAAAUUUGAAGAACAAUAUGAUGAAUUGAAAUUUUUACAUAAAUCACCACUUUUAUUAAAAUUACAUAUAUCUGAUCCAAAAAUUAUUUUUAUACCGAGUUUUCAAGAAACACGAGAUUGUUUAUUGAAUUGUUUUCAAGCAAUCACAAAUGCUGCAGAAAAUCUACCUAGAGUAAGUGGGUCAUUGAAAUAG